AAAAAAAAAAAGAAAAAAAAUUUAACCGCAAAAAGGCGUAUCGGAGAGUAGUCAAUUAUUUUGUGAAGGCAUACAAAUACACCCUCUUUUCCCACGACAAGUAAAACAACGGACAGCAAAAGGCAGGACAAAAUGACUAAACGAGAGCUCCAAGACCAAGGAAUCACCGAGCAAAGGGUGAAGAAGAAGUCGAGGACCGAAAAGCGCACGAAAAAGGCCGAGGUUUCCGAAGCCACUAUCCCGGCAGCCAUCGAGAAUCAGCAUACUGAUUCGAAGGAACCUUCUUCAGCAGAACUAGAGAAAUUCUUAUCGGAGAAUUCAGUCAAGAUAACGGAUACGUCGGAAAAAGCAACAAAGCUUCACCCUGUUCUCUCAUUCUCUCACCUUCCUGCCUGCAAUAGUGGACUGUACCGUCCCUUGGACUCGUUCACGUCCCCGACUGCCAUUCAGUCAGCGACUUGGCCAUUUUUGUUUGCUGGCCGCGAUGUCAUUGGGAUUGCUGAGACUGGAAGUGGCAAGACGCUUGGUUUUGGCUUGCCGUGCCUGAAAAGAAUCCAAGACUCGGCGAAGAAAGGAAAAGGCAAGCCCUAUAAGCCAACUGCGGUGAUAAUCUCCCCAACAAGAGAACUCGCGAUGCAGAUAUAUGACCAAAUUUCUAAAUUCGCUGAACUGGUUGACAUCAAGGUGGCCUGUAUAUUCGGGGGUGUUAAAAAAGACGAGCAACGCGAGGCUUUGAAGACAGCAACUAUUGUCGUGGCAACACCAGGAAGAUUGAAAGAUCUUCAGAAUGAUGGCUCGGUGGACCUCGGAAAAGUCAAGUACCUCGUUUUGGAUGAAGCGGAUCGCAUGCUGGACAAGGGAUUCGAACAAGACAUCAAGGACAUCAUCCGCCCUAUGCCAGUAUCCAAGCGUCAAACUGUUAUGUUUACGGCAACCUGGCCUCCAGUCGUCAGGGAUCUUGCCGCAACAUUCAUGACUUCACCUGUGACAGUCACAAUUGGUGGAGAGCCCUCGGCUGAUCCACGCGCGAACACUAGAAUCAAGCAAGUUGUUGAGGUGGUGAAACCACACGAAAAAGAACAGAGGCUUGUACAGAUAUUGAACAAGUUUCAGAAAGGACCAUCCAGUGAGGACAAAAUAUUGGUGUUUUGUUUGUAUAAAAAAGAGGCAGUGCGCGUUGAGAGACUGCUCUGGAACAAAGGCUUCAAAGUUGCCGGCAUACACGGCGACCUUGGCCAGCAGGAACGUUUCAAAAGCUUGGAUUCAUUCAAAAAGGGCGUAUCGACUAUUCUUGUUGCAACCGAUGUGGCAGCUCGCGGUCUCGACAUCCCUUCGGUCAAACUUGUUAUAAACGUUACAUUUCCCCUUACUGUUGAGGAUUAUGUACAUCGGAUUGGGCGGACUGGUCGUGCUGGAGCCGAAGGUCAUGCCAUUACUCUUUUCACUGAGGUGGAUAAAGCCCAGUCUGGAGCUUUAAUAAACGUUCUGAAAGCGGCUAAGCAGGAAGUGCCUGAAGAUCUUCUAAAGUUUGGAGCAACAGUCAAGAAGAAGCAACAUGACGCAUACGGUGCCUUCUUCAAGGACGUCGACACCAACAAAACGUCCACGAAGAUUGUUUUUGAGGACUGAUCAUGGCAUCAUUCGCGCUUUGGAGUUUGGGAUGUUUUUGAUCCCACCAUCUCGCGGGCUUUUGUGUAAUACAUCAUCAGGUACCUUCGCUCGAGAUAUGACCUACACACUAUUAGAGCUUGUUUUCAUAUACAUGGGGCUUCAAACUUACACCAAAAGAGUGUAAAUAACACCAAGUGUCAACGCCUCGCCAGCGUUUCCGGAGUCAGAAGCAUAUGAGUG